AUGCACUUUGGCGGGGGGGCGGGCGGCGGAGGAGGAGGAGGAAGUGGUGGUGGUGGUGCUGGUGGCGGAGGAUCGACAUCGGCUGCGGCACACGUCGGCUCGAAGCUAAGGAACUUCUUUCGGAUAAAUUCGUCGAGCCAUUCGGGGAACAAUGAGAUGUCUGGAUCGGGCCAUGGCCACGGCAUGAGUGGUGGGAGUGGUGGGAGUGGUGGAAGUGGAGGAGGAGGGUUACGACCGAAAUCAAGAUUUCUUCGUGGAAGGUCGACAAGCUCCGCCAGUCAACUGGAUCAUCCGACCGAUAUCUCGCCCACGGCAAAUGCGAAUCCAUAUUUUGCGCACCAGGGCCAGCCGGCACUGCGACAUCACAACCACGACUCCGCUCCAAGUUCGCCACCGGACACGCCGUCGUCGGCGGAGAAAGCGGCGGCGGCGGCGGCGGCGAAUGGAGCGGAUAAGACGACGGAUAGUGGAAAGGCGGAAUUGGCAAGGAAGCUCAGGAGGGUGGCGUCCGCGCCGAAUGCUCAGGGGAUGUUUACCAAUGGUCAAAAUCCGGACGAGGAGGUCCCGGAGGUCCCGCCGAUUGGAGUCAUACCUAGCGGCUCGAAUAACAAUAGCACCGGGAAUCUGCUGGUGCCUGGCGAUCCGGCGGUAGAUCGGUUACGAGGGCAGGCUUUUAGGAGGACUUAUUCCAGCAAUUCAAUCAAAGUCAGGGAUGUGGAGGUCGGUCCUGGGAGCUUCGAUAAGAUUAAACUGCUGGGCAAGGGAGACGUGGGCAAGGUGUAUUUGGUGCGGGAAAAGAAGAGUAGUCGGUUAUAUGCGAUGAAAGUUCUGAGUAAGAAGGAGAUGAUCAAGCGCAACAAAAUCAAAAGAGCUCUGGCGGAACAGGAGAUUCUGGCUACCAGCAAUCAUCCGUUCAUCGUCACAUUGUACCACUCGUUCCAGUCGGAGGACCACUUGUACCUGUGUAUGGAGUAUUGCAGCGGAGGAGAGUUCUUUAGAGCACUACAAACUCGACCAGGCAGAUGCAUUCUGGAGGACGAUGCUCGCUUCUAUGCCGCCGAAGUUACUGCUGCGUUGGAGUACCUCCAUCUGAUGGGUUUCAUCUACCGCGACCUCAAGCCGGAAAACAUCCUGCUUCACCAAUCGGGACACAUCAUGUUGUCGGACUUUGAUUUGUCGAAACAGUCCGAUCCCGGAGGAGUGCCGACCAUGAUUGUCUCACGCUCUGGUGCGUCGCAAUCCUCGCUGCCGAUGGUGGACACCAAAUCCUGUAUCGCCAACUUCCGCACCAACUCCUUCGUGGGAACCGAGGAGUACAUAGCGCCGGAGGUGAUCAAAGGAUGUGGCCACACUAGUGCUGUGGAUUGGUGGACGCUUGGUAUUCUGGUGUAUGAGAUGCUCUUUGGAACCACGCCGUUCAAGGGCAAGAACAGGAAUGCUACAUUCGCCAACAUUCUCCGCGACGACGUUAGCUUUCCGGAGCAUGCGGGGGUACCUACAAUAUCGAAUAACUGCAAAUCCCUCAUCCGCAAACUGCUAGUCAAGGACGAGAACCGCCGACUCGGAUCCAGAGCGGGUGCGAGUGAUGUCAAGGGACAUCCGUUCUUUAGAUCCACGCAAUGGGCGCUACUCAGACACAUGAAACCGCCGAUGAUCCCGAAUGCCGGCCGCGAGGUCGAUGCCGUCAACUUCCGCCCGGUCAAGGAGAGCGAGAGCGUCGAUAUCGGCGCGGCCAGAGUACAGACUCCCAGCACGCUGCGCGCAGAUAUGGAGACACCCGGCGAGAAGGAGGUCGAUCCGUUCGAGGAGUUUAACUCUGUCACCCUCCACCACGAUGGAGAACACGAUGCUGGCAACCAUGCGCACAUGAGAAGCAGCGAUGAAGAUAAUGCGAAACCACCGAAAGGAAGCAUGAGAAGACGUUAG